UGCGUUGUAGCGCUGUUAUUUUGGGCGAGGCCAGUGCGUCAACGACUUGUAGAGAAAUUGUGUGACUUUGGAGGCAUUUCUAGCCACAAAUCGCAAAAAUGAGCUUGGAUAAACCUCUUUUCGCGACUACGGUCGACGACGACGAUCGCAAGGCCGUUGUGAAACAAGAGUUUAAAUUGUUUAUAAAGGCUUCACAAAUUGACAAAGAAACCCGAGGGCCCUGCCCCAUAUGUGAGCACUGGUUCAUGAUAGCGUACCUUAUAGCCCAGAAACAACCUGGGGUGAACUUUUCAGUUUUCACCGUGCAGGAAAAUAGCCCUCCUAAAGAAUUCGAGGGUUGGAGCAAGAAGUUCCCAGUGGUCCUCUCAGUCAAUUGCACAGACAAGAAGGGCCAAGAUAUUAGUGGAUGCAUGUAUGACAGCUUCGAGGAGUUGGAGACCUUCUUCGAGAAUAUCAACCGUGAGUGCCCAGAGUUGAAGAGGCAUAACAAGGAGAAUGGAGAUGCCAUGGCCAGAGUAGAUACCCUUUAUGCUACUUUCAAUGGAUUCCUGACAGGUCAGCCAGAGUCCAAAUUGACAAAAGCCCUGAGAGCUUUAAAUGAAGACUUAGACAACGGCAAGAGGUUCUUUAUAGAUGACAUGCUGUGCUAUGUUGAUUGCCACUUACUGCCUAGGUUACAGCAUAUCAAGGUGGCUACCAAGAGAUAUGCUGACUACAAUAUCCCAAAGGAAUUCAUCGCAAUUUGGAAGUUCUUGGCUUAUGCGUACCAGCAGCCUGCAUUCAUAGCUACCAUGCCAAGGGAUCAGGACAUCAUCUUUCAUUAUAAGAAGAAGGUGACUGCAUUUCCUGAAGUGAAAAACUCAACAAUAGAAAAGUUCUCUUAUGACACAUAUGUACCAGAGGAAAUCUUGGAAGAAAUCAGGCAAGAAAACUUUGGCAAUGAGGAACAAGAACCAGAACCAGAACAACAGGUGGAGGAAGUGGAAGCAAACUCAGAAAUGGAGCCCCAGUUUGAUAACAAUGGAUUGGAAUAUUAAGUUCCACGUGUGUGAAGGAGACACUGUGAUGGGAGGGAAUUGUAGAUGUGCAGACAGUGCAGGCUGGACUGGUGACUCUCGAUUCGCCCUAGCCGGUCAGGGAACCAGCAAGACACCAUUCUCUUGCACGCGCAUGUUAACUUUGAACUGACAUGAAGACGUUUGUGAAAAGGGAAUGUUAGUUAAUUAUCUACCCAGAUGGAACAUAGUGGCAUAGUCAUAAUGAUCAGGGACCACGACGACGAUGUUGAUAGUCUUCAGAUCUUAUCCUUGAUUACAACGGUUCAUAUCAGAAACAUGUCAUUAUGUUGGACAUGCAGUAUAAAAUUUGUGGGAUAAGUCUUACUUUUUGAUUCAGGACCAAAUAUAAUUUUGCAGUUUUUUUGCUCACGUUUAAACUUCUACACUUGCGGACCAUUUUACAGGAGCGUACAUGUUGAUUAGAUUUGUCAGUGUUUCUGUUUCCCUCAGAUAUCAAUAUGUCCUUUGUUGAACCUUUGUUCUUUUAAGAAGACAACUGUCGAUCGGGCAGGAGUGAAAACCAGUCAAGGGAGAGAACAGAACGCCUUUGACUUGUAAAACUGAUACUUUUGAACAGUAUUCUGGAACAAUUUCUUGAGAUUUUCUAGGAAAUCAAGUAAUGUGUGAUAUGACACUGAGGUAAUACAAUAAAAAUAUGUAAUUGUUUCAUGAAUAAAGCAUGUCGCUGCUGUAGGUGAUGUUUUGCAGGGCAGUAUUUUUCUGUAAGACACAGGACACAUGAUAUAAAUGAUAAAGGACAACAUAUAUAUGUUACCAAUCAAAAUGGCUGGCAUGUACAGAACCAUCCAAGAAGCCAACCCAGCUUCUGCGGUAAGAAGGAAGCCUCUUUAACAUUCUUACUUGAGCAUGCAUUUUGUGAACAGAACUUUCAUUUAUAUGUCAUCAUGGUUUUUGCUGAAGGUGUCUUUGGGAUAAAAAAAGCCUUAAAUUACAUGCCUUGUUGUUCAGUAGCUUCUAUCCUUAUAACUUUGAACCUGGACCAAAUUAUAGUAUUUUGUGUAUGUUUAUUGUGGUAUGAGUAAGAGGUUUCAUGGUUUCAGUAACGUCCAUAUUCUUGAUGUCUGUACACAUUCUUUGGCAUGAUAUCCAGUUCUGAGUCAAGGAUGUUUCAUUUUGUAUCUGACAACCCUUGCAAAUCAUGCAAUAUUCUCAAGGACUGAAAAUAUUAGGGUCCCAAUUGGGACCAAAAUUCUAUCUUCAACCUUGACGCUAAGGAUAGAUAUGACUCCCAUUAUAGCUUGUCAUAAUCAGACAUUUUAAGAUGGGGCGUCUGAAACAAAAACAACAGCACUUUUACAGUUAAACAAGAAUAUGUUGGAUGUGGUGACUCGAUUAAGGGUCAGGAGGAGAGUGUUUGAUUAAUAAAUUAUUGUAAUUGUUCAUGAUCAGCUCUAUAAAACAUAACCACAAAUUGCCUUGUCCUGACCUGUGUAAUGUGAAUGAGGAGUUUGUUCCAGUCUCUGAUUAACAUAGUGGAAAUGUACAAAUACCCGUCUUCCCUUUCACUAGGAUUGUGUUUAUUAUUCAUAACUUCGACAUGAAGUCAUGCUAGCAUCUGUGUAUUUUGUGCAAAGAGUACCAUCUAUUGCAUUUUGCAAAUGGCAGGAGCUAUGGUCUCAUAGUUAACCAGAUUGAAUAAGCUUCUCAACCAUAUAUGUUCAGCCUAUUGUGUAUGCCUUCUGCAGAAUUUGGUAACAUACAGUAAUGACAUUUCAGUUAAUUUUUGACAGAAAAUCGAGACAAAAUAUAUGGUGAGGAUUCUCAGACUUGAUCUCUGACUAUUUUGCUUGUUCAGCAAAGUUUGUGAUACCAGAACGAAUUUGUCUGAUCCUGGCCUUCGGUCAUUGCUCUUGGACUUUCGCAAAUCGUUUAUCAGCAUGAUGUUUCCUGUCUUUAUGAAAAUUCCAUGUGUUGGAUGAUGUUGGAUGAAGCAGGAUGGUCAGAUGCUGUACCUACUAUAGCUUUGUUAUAUGUGCAUUUAUUGUUUGGUACAUAAUACUACUAGUAGUCUGAUAACCUGACUACACCAAAUCGCCAUAUACACUGAUAUCUUGGAUGUCCAUAAGCACAGCUUUGUAACAUUCAGUCAUUAUAUAAGAAAUAAAAUUACUCAAAUCAA